GAGGAGGAGGAGGAAGAGGAAGGGCGGCCGCCUGCCCUCCUCUCCCCCCUCGCGGUGCACGCCGGGCGGCGGGCGGCCAUGUCGCGGCUGUGGAGCUGGCGGCGCCUCAGCGCCCCGGCCCGCCCGCAGAGAGUGGAGCAAGCCUCUGAGUAUGCCAUCGCUGAAGCUUUUUCCUUUCAAGAGCCAAGGUAUCCACAAGGGCUGUGUGGUCCUGUGACGAGGUUGGAAACUGUGGAACAGCUGCAAGAUCAUGAUGAGGCCUGUAAGGAAGCCCGAGAGCUGCUCAGUAGCUGGAUGAAGUCCAAACUGCAACUGGAGCUGAUGAGUGAUGGAGAAGCGGAAGCUGGCUCUGUCCUCCCAGAAGAUCCUUCUCCAGCCACUCCGAAGUACGAGCGGUUUGAUGACUUGUGCAGCUCUCUAGAACAUGAGUUGGAAAGUUCUUCUGCCCAAGAAUACCUACAGCAUCUUUUGCAGAGCGAAGCUGUGAACUGCAGGAUACUGGCAGACCUUCGGCUUGAAGACACGAAAGGAAGACAAAAGCUUGCAGAUCCACGAAUAACCAUGGAGCUCAGACACAAGCAGGUGAAAGAAAAUCGACUGAGGCGUCAGAAGGCGUUAGAGCUGCAGAGGCAAGAAAAGGCCCUGAAGAAAUCCAUUCUGUCUGAGGCCAAGCUCCAAAUACAGGAGGAGGACAGAAGGAAGGCCCUGAAGGCCAAGAUGGAGGAGGAGGAGAUCCAGAGGGAAAUGGUGAAGCUGCGAAAGGAAAUGGCUGAGAAAAGGCAAACCAUGGCAGAAGCACGGAGAAUGGAGGGGAAGAGACAAGAAGAAAGCCAGAAGGCAGCAGUGCAGGAAGUAUCUAUUACUGUGUCGCCGCCCCUGCACCUGAAGAAAGAAGAGCAAGAAAAGGAGAAACAGAGAAAGGCUCAGGAGCUGCUGAUCAAGAUUCACACCAACAAACAGAGAUGCCUGCAGCGACAUUUCUCUGCUUGGUUCAAACUUGUUCUGGAACACAGAAUUCAAAUGGGGAAAGCCAGAGCCCUUGCUGACUGGAAAUGCCAGCUGAAGGCCCUGCGAGCCUGGAGAAACUAUACUUGGACCCAAAAAGUACAGCAGGAGACACAGCAAUUGGAAGACCAUCUCCAAGACCAAAACAGGAAAAACCAGCUGUCUGCAGAGCAUAAUCGGCGGCGGCUCCUGCGCUGUUGCUUUCUAGCAUGGCAGCACUGGAGCCAAGCAGAGACAGAGAAGCGAGAGCUGCAGCUCAAGAGGGAGGAGACAAAGAGGAAGAUGGCACAGCUGCUGGAGGCGGUGUCACUGGGGAAGGGUGGCCUGGAUGGGCCACAGGAGGCAGAAGUAAACCAGCAUCAAGUUUUGCAGCACAACAAGCCAACUGAAACACGCCUCAUACAGGAAGAACCUGACCAGACCAGGGACCGCUCUUGUUGGGAUGCUGCUCACACAUCUCAUUCCAACAGAAAACCCAAAUUUGCCUGGCAGAUCACCCUAAAACAUGCAGCCCUGAAUGCCCAGGACCAGGCUACGUACAAGAAUCAAACAGCCACUCUCCCGCAGCAGUUUCAGGCACCCAGCCCCAGGCCAACCCCUGCUUAUGGUAGCUGUUUUGAGCACCGCUACGCCUUCCAGCAACGUCUGAUCGAGGAGCAGAGGCAGCAGCUUCAGAAACAGCAAGAGCUGAUCCUUGAACUGCAGGAAAAUCAGAGGCUGAGCAGAGCAAAAGAAGAGGCAGCACAAGCCAUGGCAGUAACCCAGGCACUUAACAACUCUACCUCACAAACCAGGGAGUUAAAAACGGAGAGCGGAAAACAAUCCAAGUGCAAUGCCACCCCUUUGAGCCUGCCUCUUUCUCACAGGUCCCAGAACACCAGGGCAGCGACGCGAGGCAGGAGGCCUUCCACCCAGCUGACCUCAGCUCAUCCCAUACUGAAAGCUAUGGAGGAGAGAGCGAUUCAGCGGGCAGAACGGAGGAGGAAAUUAGAAGAAGCCAAACAACAAAGAGAAGAGGAGAAACUGGCCCAGAUGAAGGCUGAAGAAGAAGCACGUCAGAAGAGGGAGGCUGAGGAAAAGGAAGCUCAGCAGGAGAAAAGACGGGAGGAGAGGAGGCUACAGAAGCAGAAAGAACUGGAGAAGCAGAGGAGGCUGGAAAGAGAACAGGAGCUCCAGAAGAAGGCCAGAGAUCACUAUGAAAGCGUCCUGCUGAGAAAAUUGGGAAUGGUGCCAUGGAAGAGGCUGAGGGAGCAAGCCAAGGAAAACUUGGUGGUGGCCGAGAGGCACCACUGCCUGGGCCUGCAGAGGAAAUGCCUGAUGACUUGGCUCCAGCACACCCAGAGCAGCCUUUCAGAGAAGGUGUCUCGGGCUGAGGACUUCCAUUCCCACAUGUUGCUCAGACAAAGCUUCAGGAACUGGCUAAAGUACAAGGAUAAUAUGGCCAGUCUAGAAGAGAGAGCGAAUACCCUCCGUGCAGUCUGCCUCAAGAGGAAGUUCUUCUGGGCAUGGUUUGAUCUGGUCAUGGAGGAAAAAGACACCUUAAGGGAGAAACUGAUGACUGCUACUGAACAUAGCGACAAGAGACUCAUGCUGAAUGCAUUCAAAGCUUGGAGGCAGUACCCGUUACUGAUGAGAAAGGAAAGGGAGAGGGAGGAAAGGAGGAACCAGCUACGAAGGAGAGUAGCUGAAAUUCUCCCCGACUUCCAAAUGUAACAGAAGAAACCAGCCAGACCAACCCAAGCGCAUAUGGAACCUACUUUGAUGAUUUCACUUUGACUUGAAGGGGCUCUUGCCCACAAGGUCCUCCUGGUGUGAGAUCUCCACUGGGGUGUCUGGGACCUUUUUUCGUGCAGAGCUGCGGCACUGACACAAACAUUCCUCCAUCACAGGAGGCACGGAACUAAAGUGUACCUAUUAAGCAGAAACCUGGUGCUUCUCUGGUGCCAGGACUCUGUAGGGCGACAGCUUGAUCGUAGAGCAAACAGACUUCACUGUCAGCUGAUCCCUGCUAACCCCUGCUGUGAACUUGGCCACCCAGAGAACAGCUUCUGGCUACCUGUGCCAGGGAAGCGCAGAUCAGAGAAAGCGAGGGAAGAGCCAUUUAUGCAAAUCGUAUUUACUGACAGUCCAAGUUACAGCAUCACAUACAGACUAUCUAAAACCUGGGAUCUAAAACCUGGACACUUUUACACAGCACAGGCUAGUUUACUGUGCUGGCCAGUUCACAAGCAGAGUGCUUUGAUUUUGGGUACAAGUGUUUAUUCCAAGUUCACGACCCUCUGGCUUCACGUCCAUCAAUUAAACAUUUCCCAUGCUGGUCAACUGUAGUACUUAAAGAUGGAUUGUGCAAGUCUAAGCCCUUCUACUUGAUCCAACACCACAAAUAACACCAAAAAAAUAUAUAUGUAUGUAUUUAAAGUGCUUUUACAUAAGCUCAAACAGAAAAAGGUUUCUCAUGAUUCUUGAGCCUUAACCUGCAGCACAGUGCAGAUAUAGUAAUGCAGGGAAGGUACAGUGUGUCUUCUCUCAGCAAUAGCAUAAGGGAGGAAUCUGGAGUCGCUUCCCCCUCACAAGAUAGGCAAAGUUCUCUCCAAAAAUGAUUUGGCAGUAUGGAGAGUACUUGGGCAAUGCGAGGAAGAUGACAGUUUACUGUUAUCCAUUGUACGGGAUCAUUUUUAAAUCCUGUAUAUGCCUUGAAAGUUUCCAAUAAACCCAAAUCUGAAACGAG